AUGGACAUCCAUGCUGUUAGCGUCAUGCUAGAGGCUCUCAAUAGAGAUGCCCAACAUGCUACUAUCGCCAAGUUCAUUCAAAAUGAACUUGACGCCGAACGCGAGAAAGUAGCCUUGCUUCACCAACAAGGUUCUCAACAAGCAGAGUUGUUGAGAGAACAAGGUGCUCAACAGUUUGAACUGUUGAGACAGCAGCAGGCUGCUGCUGGUGGGUCGAUGCACUCGCGUCGACCCGAAACCUUGAAGAUUGACAUAUCCAAGUAUAGGGGAGUCGAAGAGGACUCCCUCUUGAGAUGGUUCGUCGAAUUGGAUGACGCCAUAAGGGCGUGUCGCAUCGACGACGGGGAUAUGCAAGUUGCAUUUGCCCAGUCAAAUCUGGCAGGACGUGCCAAGACUUGGGCACUGGGGCUCAAGUUGCACGACCCAUAUGCGUUUGGGUCGUGA